ACCACACAGGACCCUCCUCUCGUCAUCUCUCGGCCCCCCAGUCAUCGACAAUCGGCCAGCAGAGAGGGAUGUCACAGCUGAGUGAAAGCCAACCUUCGCUGGGCUGCGUAAAAAACAAGAAAAACGGCGCAUUUUUCCAGCUUUGCGCGCUAACUUUUAACUUUUACGCGCCGUGAGGAGACUUUGAAGCUUGGAAAUCUGUUUCCUGCUGGUGGCUACAAUGAUUCCGAGUCCGAUUCUGGCUUCCUCCACCACGCCUUUUUCUGUAAAGGACAUUUUGAAGAUGGAGUUGCAGCAGCAGUCCCAGCAGCACCAGCUCCAGCUGAUCUCCUGCCUGGGUCUCUCCGGGGCGCUGUCGCAGCCUGGAGCCCUUCCUAGCAAACCGUUGAGCUCUCAUUCGCCGCCCUCCUGCAUGCUGGCAGGUAGGGACAGUCCCAGUCCCAUCAGCUCCUGCCUCUCGGAGAACGACGAGAGGAUGUCGUACCUCAGCGGGCUGAGUGUGCAGGACCGCCUGGUGGAGUCGACUCUGCCGCUGGACGUGUUUGGCAACACGGCGCAGAACAACACGGAGGAACUCCGUCCAGAGACUAACCAAGAGAUCCACAGCAAGGGAUGCAGCGCGCUGCUGCGGCCCGACUGUGAGGAUCCAGACUCGGAGAAGUCCUCCACUAAGCAGCCGAGGACCAGGAGGAAACCCCGCGUCCUCUUCUCCCAGGCCCAGGUGUUCGAGCUGGAGCGACGCUUUAAGCAGCAGCGUUACCUGUCCGCUCCGGAGAGAGAGCACUUGGCCAGCUCCCUGAAGCUCACCUCCACCCAGGUCAAGAUUUGGUUCCAGAACCGAAGGUACAAAUGCAAGAGGCAGCGGCAAGACAAGACUCUAGAGAUUGCAGGCCAUCACCAUCACCAUCACCACCCGCCGCCCCCGAGGAGAGUGGCUGUGCCUGUUUUGGUCCGAGAUGGGAGGCCCUGUCUGUCUGGAUCACAAAACUACAACCCUCAUUACGCAGUGGGAGCUCCAAACCCGUACAGCUACAGCGGCUAUCCGGCCUACAGCUACAACAACUCGGCGUACACUAACACGUACUCUUGCACUUACUCCAGUUUACCCGCUCUUCCACCGACCCCCGCGAAUGCAUUGAUGACCAUGAAUCUGGGGAAUAUCGGCGCACAGAGCCAAACGCAGGCUGCCCAAGGGCCCGGGGUCGCACCCUGCCAAGGAGCUCUGCAGGGGAUCAGGGCAUGGUAGCCCGAACUGAAGAACUCAUCCCUCUGAAGCAGGGCAAAUAUAAGCUUAUGGAACAUAGCGCACGCAGGCUCAUGAAGAAACACAAAAGAAAAGAAAGAACAUUUAAGCACACAUGUAUGCGCGUUUUUCUUUGACCCACUUAUGGAAAACUUUUUCAAACUGAUGGCACGUGCUGUAUGGAAAAAUAUAUAAACAAGGAAAAUCCUUUUUAAUGCAUUUCAAUUGUAAUGUGCUAUUUCCAGUUUGUCAGAGUUGUAAAUGAGCGUUAUGGUGAUUGAUAAUGUUUUCUUUUUUAUUGUCGUUUUCAGCUUAAACACUGCGCGCUGUGGGUUUCACCUGAAGACUUUGUUUUUCAUUCGGGUGACACUAAAAGCUCACAACUAUGAUGAAACACUAACAAGACUGAGUCUGCGUUCAAGUGGCAAAAGCAUCAAGAUGAGAAGAAUUGCUCGUGGAAUUAAAGGACGCAAACAUCAUGUCAAAAAUGUUUACUUUGCUGUUUGUCUCUGCGCAUGCGUUUGUCUCUACAAUUCCCAGGAAUUAUUUGGGAGAAAAUAAAAAAAAAAA